GAAGAAGUAACAUGAUACACUAAAAGAUUGUAAAAAAAAUGUAUAUAUAUAUUUGUGUUUUUACAUAUCUAGUAAUUUAAAAAAUGUAAAACACUCAAAAACACAGCUCUAUUUUGCAAGUUCAGAAUGCAUUUACGUACAGUUAAACCUGGGUCAUCUGCCAAGAUUUAUGUUUAUUUUACAUGUCUAAACUCCUCCCUUAUACUGGACUUUGCUUGAUUGAUUCUAUACUUAACCUGAGAAAAAAAUAUCCCAACAAGCGUAUUUUCUUCUGCAGUCAUGGGGGUUGUUGAUAUGCUUCUCCCCUCCUUCAAUCCGGCAUCCCUGUUGGGCGCUGCGGUGCUCCUACUCUUUGUCUUUCUUUAUUCUCACAACAGGACCAGUUCCCCAAAACACAGACAGGAACCACCAGGACCAACACCAAUUCCCAUUCUUGGCAACCUGCAUCAGCUGGACCUGAAGAGACCUGAUCAAACAUUCAUGAAGUUUGCCAAGACCUAUGGGUCUGUGUUCACUGUUUACAUGGGCCCUAGAAAAACAGUGGUCCUGACGGGGUACAAGACGAUAAAGGAGGCAUUGGUUAACUACGCCGAAGAAUUUGGGGAGCGGGAAGCACCAACAGUGGCGAAGGAAGCACACUUAGAUUAUGGUGUUGCUUGGGCAAACGGAGACUCCUGGAGAGAAAUGAGGCGCUUUGCUUUGUCAAAUCUCCGGGAUUUUGGAAUGGGCAAAAGAGCAUGUGAGGACAAAAUCCUCAUGGAAUGUCAAUCUCUUAUGAAGGAAAUCAGCAAGUUCCAAGGCGAAGCUUUUGAUUCAACCUUGAUCAUAAACUCUGCUGUGUGUAACGUGAUCUGUUCCAUGGUCUACGGCACACAUUUUGAAUAUGAUGAUCCAGAGUUUAGAACCAUUUUGAGCCGAACGAUGAAAGGAAUUCAGCUUCUUGGCUCGCCUGGUGUACAGUUGCACAACCUGUUUCCAAGGAUGGGCAAACUGUUCCUGUCUGCCAGUAAACAAAUUAAUCAAAUAUUCAUUGCCAAUAAAAAAUAUCACUUGAAGUUGCUGAAGGAGACCUUCACUCCACACGCAUGCAAAUCUAUUGCAGAUGCCUUUCAGCUGCGCCAGCAAGAGGAAGCGGAAGAUCCGCACAGCCACUUUCACAAUGCAAACAUUUUGGUGACUAUUAUGAACCUGUUUACUGCUGGAACUGAAACGACAGCAGCCACACUGAGAUGGGCUCUUCUCUUUAUGGCAAAGUAUCCAAAAAUACAAGACCAGGUUCAGGAGGAGCUGAACAGAGUGAUGGAAGGCCGUCAAGUUAAGGUUGAGGACAGAAAGAACCUGCCUUUCACAGAUGCCGUCAUCCAUGAGACGCAGAGAAAGGCCAACAUUAUACCUUUGUCCCUUCUACACAGAACAAGCCAAGACGUCACCUUUAAGGGCUAUUUCAUUGAAAAGGGCACAACAGUGAUACCAGUCUUGACAUCUGUUCUUCAUGACGAGAAUGAGUGGGAGAAGCCAAACAUCUUCUAUCCUGCCCACUUCCUUAGCAAAGAUGGAAAGUUCCUCAAGCGUGACGCCUUCAUGCCCUUUUCAGCAGGGCGGAGGCUUUGUCUUGGAGAGGGUCUGGCUAGGAUGGAGCUCUUCCUGUUCUUCUCCACCCUCCUCCAACACUUUCGAAUAACUCCUCCUCCUGGAGUUUCAGAGGAAGAACUAGACCUGACUCCACUUCCAGGAGGCACUCUCAGUCCUCAACCACAUAAACUGUGUUUGGUUUCACUAAAGUAAUGGGACAUUUUAGAUGGAAUUUAUGCAUUUUAUGUUUCGUUCUUUGACUUUAUAUUUCACCAACCUCUGACCUUUGUGUGCAGCUCUAUGUAGCUCGGGAAUCACAAGAUUUAGUUUAUUCUUUGUCAGAAUACUGACUUUUUAGACUAUGGUGGUAGAACAUUUUUGUCUACUGUGUUCAUGGCAUCAUCAUCUGCCCAGUAACAGAGCUUUUUUUAUGCUACUGCUUAAAAAGCUGAAGGACGGCAGAGAAUCUGCCGGCUUUCUCUGUGCAUCUUUCCAGUAUCUUUGUAUCUUUUUUUUACUCUGUUGAAUAAAUACUCU